CCCCCAAAUUCAAAAAGGACCUCAGUAACGGCUAGUUUCCUUCAUCUUCCCUUUCCGAUUCCCAACACAACUCAUCCUCCAAACCCCCUCACAAUUUUCAAUAAUCGUCGCCGGAGAUGACUAAUUCCGUUGCGGCAGCUCCAUCAGCGGACCACGGCGGAGCUCCUCCGCUACCUCACCCUAACCGCCGCCCUAGAGUCAAACAAGUCGCCUCCAGAUUCAUGUCUCCAGCCCCCUCUCCAAUCUCAUCCGCCGGAGAUCUACACUCUCUCACAAUGAAAUCACCGAAACACUCGGUCACCACUCCAGCGCCGGACCGAGUGUCAAAACCGUCGCCUUCGCAGCGACGGUUGUUGCUCCGUAGCCAGACUCCGGAACCGUUCUCUUCGUCUUCGCAAGAGAACAUUCCGGAGACUGUACGGAGCAUGGAAACACCGUUUCAGUUUGCGAAACCGGAAUCGAAUCAGAGGAGACAACGUGCUGUGGUUAAGCUGUUUAAAGAGAACGGAUUUGGAGAUCAGAUUCAGAUCCCGAAAUCGUCGACUGUAAGAACGAGUAAAUCUUCGAGACCUGAUACUCCGAGUGAUCGGAUUGUUCCAUCUAGGUUUAGGUUACCGCAGCAGCGGCAAUCCAAUCAAUCGAAUUCAUCGAGUUCUUCGGUUACAGAUGCUGCAAAGCUGCUUCAAUUGACUGGAUUGUCGUUUUCGUCUGCUAAUAACGAAUCGCAAUCGCAAUCAGAAUGUGAUUCAGUUCAAGGCGGUUCGUGCCCUAAUUCGCCUAUCGCCUGUCGCCGCACAACAACACUACCUUCUGAUACGAGUGUGUCCGUGACGGAUGAAAACACAUCAUCCACCAGAUCCCUGGUUCGGAGUAGUAGUGGCAGUAUUGUCACCGGUGCGAAUUCUCAAACAGCGUCAUCAUCGUUGUUGUCUUCGUCGUUAUCUUCAUCGUUAUCUACGCCUUCUCUUUGUAGCAGAUCGCUUAAUUUGCCAAACUCCGCGUGUCUUAAUACUUUCCAAAGCAUAGAGAGGAGUCUAUGCAGGCCACCGCAACCGGCCAGUAGUAAACUUGGAGUUGAAUCUAAGAAGGGGAAGAAGCCUCAGUCUUCUCAACAAGAUGUUUAUUCUUUGAAACUGCUUCAUAAUCAUUAUUUGCAGUGGAGGUUUGCAAAUGCUAAAGCACAAGUCUCUAUGAAUGCUCAGACAACACAAAUGGAGAGUCAAUUGUUUUCUCUUGGAGCUGAUAUAUCUCAUUUGCGCGAUAAUGUGAAGAAGAAGCAAGCUGAACUUCAACUACUGCAACGAACAAAAGCUCUUUCGACUGUUCUUGAUACUCAGAUGCCUUAUCUUGAUGAUUGGUCUGCUGUGGAGGAAGAUUACACAAGGUCCUUAGACGGAGCCAUAACUGCUUUAACUAACUCCUUGCUCCGGCUCCCUAUUAGCGGGAACGUUCAGGUUAAUGUAAAAGAUGUAGCAGAGGCUCUGGAUUCAGCGGUCAAAACUGCAGAUAUGAUAGCUCACCAAAUGCAAAUGUUUUUGCCUAAGGCUGAAGAGAUGGACAGUUUAAUGUCGGAAUUAGCAACGGUUAUCGAUGUCGAAAAAGCACUAGCUGAGGAAUGUGGAAAUUUAUUGGUAAAGACACAUACAUUACAGAUUGAAGAUUGCAGUUUAAGAGGACAUCUAAUGCAAGUUGCCUCAUCUUAAACAAUAUAGCAGAGGACACAUUUGUUCUCCAUAAAUCAGGGUGCUGAUGAAAGGAAUGGUUUUUGUGCGUGUGGGUGGUUGUAUGCAAAGAGAAUAAAUUUUCUUUUUAAUAUAGUAACAUAUAUAAAUAAUGCUAUUUUUUUUGUUGGUA